AUGGCCAAGCCAGCCUAUGCGAGGGUGAAACACUUACAUGAAGUAGCGACAUCCAUUUCCAUGCUCGGUAAGUUGAUAUUAUGAUCUUUGAAUUUUUUUCAAAGUUUUCAGGGACGUCCAAAGACGAUGGAUAUGCGAAAAUUUCGCGACAUAUUUCGAAGACGCUGCGAGAAGUUUUAGAUAGAGAUAGGAUGCACGUGGAAUCCAGCUUGAAACGUGCUUUCUGUCGAAAGUGUAGAGAAGUUCUUGUUGGAAAAGUGAUAAUGUCUGGAAGUUCUUUGCAAAAAUUCAAUUACAGAUCGAGAAAUCGGAGAUAUCUUUCCCAGAAAAAAACGUCGUCCGGCAAACUUGUUGCCGAUGUCAGAAUUAUCGCAACUACAUGACUUUACGCGGAUACGGGCAGCAGCUGAAAGAACAGCACCUAAAAAUAAACUAA